AUGCUAGUAGAUAGCAUUCAUGCUACUAUUGAACGGUUCAUUAAAAAAACUACUGUAUGGGCACCUAGUGAAUGGCCACCAAUAAUAAAGAAUGCUAGAACAAAUCCCAGACCUUUAGAAGUAAUUGAAUUAAAAUCAACAGAUUUUUUGGAUUGGAAACAGUUUUCUACUUUUUUUCCUAAAAUAUUAAAAACAGAAACUGGUGAAAGAGUAAUGAACUCUAAAUUGAGGUCAUUAUUAUUCAUAAAAAAAGAUGAAGAUGUAGAUAUAUUGAUUUUUGAAUCUUAUAAAUUUGAAGAAUGUCCUAAAAAACUACAUGUCAUCAAAAAAAGAGAGAGAUUUGCACAAACACCAACAUUGCCAAACAAAUCCUAUGAAAGAAAACUACCCAUUUCAUCUGCUAAAUUCAAAGAUUUGUCGGAUUUGUGUAAGAAUGGUAUUAUCCCAGAAAAAUUUCAUGCAGAGUACUAUGGUAUGAAUUCUAGUGAGACAAUUAGAGACUGUCUUGACGAGUCUGAUAUUGAAGAUUCUAAUGUUUCUGAUGACUAUUAG